AUUUCACAUGAUUUCACAUAUCCACAUUGAGGUUAUGUUGUAACAUAAGGUGGUGCUGCAAUUUUUUGAAGAAUUUUUUAUUUUUGCAAAGUUUUAUAUUGUGGAUUAUGAGUGCCGCCGAAAAAAGGAAAAGGGGUGACAAUUUUACAACAAGUGAAACUAGAGUACUUCUAUCUAUAAUUACGGAAUUUAAAGGGAUCAUGGAAAAUAAAAAAACUGAUGGUGUUUCUGUACAAGAAAAGAACCAGGCGUGGAGUAAAAUUACUGCGAAAUUUAAUGCAGCUUGCCUUGAAGGGAGGCAUCGAACAAUGGACUCCUUGAAAAAGUUAUUUGACAAUAAAAAAAGGGAGCUGCGGAAACCGCAGGCAGAAAUACUUAAAACUGGUGGUGGGCCUUCACAGAGAACUGAUCAUCACUGAAUCAUCACAAUUGAUGGAAGACGGGAAUCAAGAAAACACAUCCAGGAGUAUGGCAGAUAUAUCAAGGGGAUGGAAGAAAGGGUCAGAUUUGAAAAAACCUGUUUCAGCACAAUUGAGGCGAUCUAUCAGUAAACCAGCACAAAGUGAUAAGGCUGAAAGCCAAGCAAGCAAACGUGCUAAUACCUGCAAGCCAUCAAAUCGUAGAAGACCUACUGAGACAGUCAUAAGGUCACUAUCAACAAACCAGCUCGCUGAAAAAUACAACUUGUUGGUUGAUAAAAAGAAUGUUAUUGCAGACCAUGCUCAGAAGAAGCUCGAACAAGAAUUGAACAUGAAUUAAGGGUACAAGCGUUAAAAUAUGACAGAAAUUAAAAAGAGGCAAUUAGACUCACUAAGGCCCGAGGGAGAAUGACACCUGAUUUCCAAGACUAUUUUAUUUAAUGGUU